AUGGAGUCCUACAAACUUGUUUUUUCUCUCUUAUUCUUCAUCCCUCUUCUUUCUUCAGCAGCAUCAAAUGAUUGCACAACUUCCUACUGUGGCCAAAGCAUAAACGGAGUCCGGUUCCCUUUCCGGCUAACCGAUCAGCAGCCGAAAAACUGCGGGUUUGCUGGAUUUGAUCUUCGUUGUGCUUUUCCAAGCAUGCUGCUUAUCAACAUCCCGGGCUCCGGUGAGUUUUCAGUAAGAAGUAUCGAUUACCGUUAUCAAUCUAUUCGGAUUUACGACCCCUUGAACUGCCUUCCUGCUAGACUUCUAACGUUCAACCUCUCUAACUCGCCAUUCUCAGCUUUAUACUUCCAAACCCUAACUCUUUUGAGUUGUCCAAGUAAUGUGACUGCAAGUUUGGCUUUUAAACACAUUGUUUGCCUCAGUAAUUCUUCGGUUUCGACUUUUGCUGCCGAUUCCAAUACUGACUUGACAUCAAUGAUCGGUGGUUCGGGUUGCCGGAUCACCGGCCAACUAAGGGUGCCGGUUGAUCAACCAUAUAGUUAUUGGUAUCGGUCACCGCUAGAUGAUGAAGAUAUAACUCUAACGUGGGGUAAACCUGAUUGUAAGAUAUGUGAAAGAGUUGGUAGUGUUGGUUAUCAGCCCAAGAUCAAACACACAAAGUUUAAUGCUAUAUUUCUUGCUUAA